UCACCCGGGCUAUUGUGUUUUUAUCAACAAGGAGACCACCGUGGCCUUACGGGUAACAGAGCCAGCCAGCUGAAAGACAAGGGACCGCUAAACCAUGGCGGACGAACAAGAAAUAAUGUGCAAAUUAGAAAAUAUCUUGGAAAUACGGAACAAGACUAUCCAGAUGCAAAAAAUCAAGUCUCGUCUGAAGAUUGAGUUUGAGGCUCUGGAGUCCGAGGAGAAACAUCUCAAAGAGUACAAACAGGAGAUGGAUCUCCUUCUACAAGAGAAAAUGGCACACGUGGAGGAGCUGCGGCUCAUCCAUGCAGAUAUCAAUGUGAUGGAGAGCACCAUCAAGCAGUCGGAGAAUGACCUGAAUAAGCUGCUAGAAACAACUCGCCGCCUGCAUGAUGAGUACAAACCUCUGAAGGAGCAUGUUGAUGCCCUCAGGAUGACUUUAGGUCUACACAGACUCCCUAACCUCAAUGAAGAAGAGGAGAAGCUCUCCUUAGAUUACUUCGAGAAGCAGAAAGCCGAGUGGCAGAAGGAGCCACAUGAGCCCGCCAUCCCAGAAUCCCUUGCUGCUGCUGCAGCGGCAGCACAGCAGCUUCAGGUGUCCAGGAAGCAAGAUGCCCGCCAGACAGCAACCUUCAGACAGCAACCCCCACCUAUGAAGGCUUGCCUGUCCUGCCAUCAGCAAAUUCAUCGUAAUGCUCCCAUCUGCCCAUUGUGCAAAGCCAAGAGCCGCUCCCGCAACCCAAAGAAGCCCAAAAGGAAGCCAGAUGAGUAGAUCCUACUCCACCUUCAGCUUCAGUAGGGUUUAAAGGGAACUGGUCCAAUACACUGAUUGAAGAUAAACCAUGUACAUAACAGUAUAUGGUUGAAAUAACAGAUCUGUGCUUCAUUCAGUCCCCACUUUAAUAGUAACUUGUUAAAUAAUCUGUCAACAAUUGAUCAAGGAUCCAAUAAUGUCAUUCUGUUGUUUGUUUUUAUUAGUGCUUUGGAUGUGUUUAUAUGUAACUGUAUGACUUCCAUAGUAGGUUUACUAGCCCCUAAACAUUGUAACUGCAAUAAUGCAAAAAGGGAACUUGAUAAAAUGUCCAAAUAACUUUGCCCACCUUGCUAUUGUUUAUUGCCUUAGAUAUUGUACUGUGUUUCCUAAUUUUUUAAUGCAUGCGCGCUUCCAUGACUGUCUGUUGUGUAUUAUUUGUGCCGAUAUAAAAUUGAAUAGUUUUAAUUGCGAAGUUAAAUGAAACACAAUGUUGUUUUAAUGUUUACAGUGUUCAAGUGACCACAAACUGGACAAAAAAGGCCAGACUCACUUGCUUUGGAUAGUGUUGUGUUUAACUUUAAUACAGUGAUAAG